CUCUACGGAGCAUCAUGCAUCGUACACAUGGUACACAUUGAGCUCAAUAUCGUGCAGUUAUUUAUUUUUGUCAUGAUGGAAACUCACAAUAAGUCUGGAUCAUGAGGAUUGGCUGCAACAACGCCUGGCGGGGAGAACGGCUCGAGCGACACGACGAUGAUAGGCGAUGGAUAAAGAGACGACCGUGUCUGAUAAAGCGCAGAUCUCGUGCGGUCGCGAUUCGUGCGCCGCCGAUCUCCGCGUGUUCAUCGUUCCAUUCGCGCCGCUCGUUCGAGAUUUACGCAUUCACGCUACGCAUCGUGUUUUCGGGAAGUGCCAACGGGUGGCUGCCAAAUUUGCCAACGCCAUUGUCUUCCUCGCGGAGCUAAAACAAAUAAUAACUUAGCUAUGGAGAAUUACACAUCGGAUUCCAGCGACUCGGAUUCCGUCAUAAGAUGGAACCUGUCCCAUCAAUUACUGGACAAUGAAGUGUUAGAUAAAAAAUUUCUCAAUACCAAACACCCAGAACAAGUGGACACCUUGUUGUUAAGCCACAAUUCGCUCAUGACUCUUCCCGCCAGUAUCAAUAGAUUCAACAAUCUGAAUUCUCUCGAUAUUUCAAACUGUGGCCUCAUCAGAUUACCAGAUUUUUGGAUACAUUGUCCUUUGACCUGCUUGAUUGCGAAACACAACAAUCUAACCAAUGACGGAUUGGCAAAAGAUUUUGAAAAUCUCGCUAAUUUGAGGGAACUCAAUUUAAGUGGCAACAGUUUCACGGAAUUUCCUGAACAAAUUCUCGACUUACCUGGCUUAAGAUACCUUUAUCUGGGUGGUAAUCAUAUCAACGAGAUUACCAAGGAUAUUUGGAAGCUACAAAGCUUGCGAGUUUUGUCGAUGGGUGACAACAGAUUGACAGAAGUACCGUCCACCCUUGGUGAAUUGAAAGCUCUACAGGCUCUCGUACUUUGUGAUAACAUGCUGGAGAGUCUGCCAAGCUCAAUAGCGAAUUUGACGAAUCUGAAAACCCUAUCGCUUCAUAAGAAUAGACUACGGACGUUGCCUACUGAAAUAAUAACAUUAAAGUGCCUUACAGAGUUGUCUUUACGAGAUAAUCCAUUAGUGGUGAGAUUCGUUUCCGAUAUGACACACAAUCCGCCAUCGUUGCUGGAGGUAGCAGCGCGUGUUAUCAAGAACAGCGAUAUUCGCUACGAUAAUGAAAGUAUACCGCACAAUUUAGUACAAUACCUCAAUAGUGCCCACCAUUGCGUCAAUCCUCAAUGCAAAGGUGUUUACUUUAAUAAUCGCAUAGAGCACAUUAAGUUUGUCGACUUCUGCGGUAAGUAUCGCUUACCGUUGUUGCAAUACUUAUGUAGCAGCAAGUGCAUCGAACCACGCGGCAGCAACGAGGAGCUCGUGAGUGGUGCCAUGAUCAGAAAGGUUCUUCUUGGCUGAUAAGAUUUUAAAGACAUAUUUCUGUAAAUGGAAUAUAUUGACGAUUUUGGGAAAAUUGUGAGGAAAAUUAUUUCUCUACAAUUUUUCACAUUUCAAAGGAGAUACUCCUCAUUUUCUAAAACCUGCGUUUGAUCGAUGAUGCAAAAUUAAAUAGGGAAGUAAAUAUAUUUUAAUAAGUUUUGAGAUGUGCAGAGGAAUGAAAACUAGAACAUGUAAAGUCAUAAAGAUAUCCAGCGGAAAAAUUUCUACAAAAUUUAACACAAAUUUAAAAAAUGCUCUAAAAAUCUACAAAAAGUGCUAAAAUUGGAAUAAUUUUCUUGAUUGUAAUAAUUAAUUAGAUAUUUCAACGAAAAAAUUUCUACUUUCUAUUUUUAGUAGAACUUUGUGUUCAAAAUUUUUAUCUACCAGCUGAUAAUAGGUUACUUAGAAAUGUGUAGAAUGUUAUUGUUCAUUGUAGUUUGACGUAGUUUUAUCGAGAAAUUCGUAAAAAUCGCAAAAACCACGCACUACGAAGGUAUAAAAAAUUACAAAAAUUUACAAUUCUAGUAUUUUCAUAUAGAUUUUUGUAGCAUUUCUCAAACUUGUGUUGAAUUUUGUAAAAAUUUUUCCGCUAGGAUAUAACAUUUUUUACGUCACGUAUUUUCUCUCUCUUUUUCUAUGUCAAAAAUAUUAUAUGUGAAAUGUAAUUUAGUUAAAUAUAUAAGAAAUGUAUUUUAAUAUGACACAAAUAAAGAUUUUCCGUUAUUUUUAAUUCUUUAGUAUUAGAGCUUUGAAGACAGCAAAGUUUGAAUCUAUUUCAAAAAUUUGAAAAGAAUAACAGCAUUUUUUCAUCAAUUUAAGACAUAAAUCUUUUUUAAACUCUUUAUUUUUAAUCCUCGUUUUUUAUUUUAAAAUAUCUAUAAACUGAAAUUACGCUGUUCUAUACAUAUUUACCACGUAACCAUACAUGCUGUGACUAUAUGUUGAAUGAGAAAAAAUGUGUAAAAGCUAGAACGAGCGAUUUAUUUAUUUUGCGCAUGUGCUACAUUAAAUUAAAAAGAAAAUUGAGGAAACGUUUGAAAUACAGAAUAAAUAAUUAAGUUGAAUUGUUAGAGCGAUCCUUUCCGUUUCGAUUGAAAGAUUGGUAUGAUCUCGUUCGAACAUUAAGUUUAUUAAAUCGUAUGUUUUGUUUAUUGGCUUACAUAUUUAACAGGGCUAACAUAUUUGCUAUUAAGUAGCAAAUUUUGGAAUUAUGUGGAAAAAAUUGAUCAAGGCACCAGUUAACAUUACUGUUAAUAGUUUAUUGUUAAAUAAACCACAAAAUAUACAAUAA